UGUAGCUGGAAGGCUUAUGGUGUGCACAGGCAGCAGCACGUAACGCUGCCUGUGACAGGACAAGUCGCGCGUUCACCGACCCUGUCGGGGACGUGUUUUUGACCUGAACGCGCGUUCAAUGUUUUUUUUUUUUUUUUUUCAUGAAUGAAAUCCAAUCGCGCGGGUAUAAAUAGAAUCGAAGGCUGCUGACGUCACGGGUGCGAGUGGCCGCUGCUUUUGCAGCUGGAGAUCGGGUUGCAGUUUUGCUCUCUACGUUUCGAUUCACAAUUUUUAAAAGAGGGCGGGGUUAAAAAAAAAAAAAGGGUUAAAAAAAAGAAGAGGGUGGAGAUGCCGGGAAGGGUAAAGAAUACCACUUGAGAUGGACAGUGAGUGUAAUUACUAACAGGAGAGACAAUGAGAUUGUGCUAUGAUAUUCUGCAAACUUAGCUUCGUGUAUACUUCGCCAGCUUGCAUCAGAGAACAAUAGCGAGCUGCAGGCUCGCAAAUACAGUAGAAUCAAGAGGAGAUUUACACUGAUCUGUAUAAAUGGACACUGACAUGGAUUACGAGCGACCCAAUGUUGAGACCAUAAAGUGCGUGGUGGUCGGAGAUAACGCAGUUGGGAAAACGCGUCUCAUCUGCGCAAGAGCGUGCAACACCACUUUAACACAAUACCAAUUACUCGCCACUCAUGUACCUACAGUAUGGGCAAUAGAUCAAUACCGUGUCUGCCAAGAGGUUCUUGAGCGCUCUAGGGAUGUUGUUGAUGAAGUGAGCGUCUCCCUCAGGUUGUGGGACACCUUUGGUGACCACCACAAGGACAGGCGCUUUGCAUAUGGAAGAUCAGAUGUUGUGGUGUUAUGUUUUUCCAUUGCUAAUCCCAACUCCUUAAACCAUGUGAAAACAAUGUGGGCUCAAGAAAUCAAGCAUUUCUGUCCCCGGACUCCUGUUAUACUGGUCGGCUGCCAACUGGACCUGCGGUAUGCUGAUCUUGAGGCAGUCAAUCGGGCACGGCGACCAUUAGCCAGGCCAAUAAAAAGAGGGGACAUCUUACCACCAGAAAGAGGAAGGGAAGUUGCAAAGGAGCUUGGAAUUCCGUACUAUGAAACUAGUGUGUUUGACCAAUUUGGAAUUAAGGAUGUAUUUGAUAAUGCAAUCAGGGCAGCUUUAAUUUCCCGCAGGCACCUACAGUUCUGGAAAUCUCAUCUGAAGAAAGUUCAGAAACCUUUAUUACAAGCUCCAUUCCUUCCUCCUAAAGCACCACCACCAGUUAUAAAAAUACCCGAAUCCCCUGUAGCUAGCAUGAACGAUGCUAGUGAUUUGCUGGACAAUCCUUUGUGUGCAGAUGUCAUGUUUGUCCUUCAGGACCAAAAACAAAUCUUUGCUCAUAAAAUUUACCUUGCUACCUCCUCUUCAAAAUUUUAUGACCUUUUUUUAACAGAACAUGAAGAAUUAGUAGAUCCAGUUGAUCGGUAUUCCAAAAAAGAAAAGCCUAACUUACCAACAAGGACAUUAAGCCUCGAUACAGAUGAGGACACAGAUAUUGCUGCCUUGAAACCAUCAAAUUCCUGUCUUCGGACUUCUAGAAGUGAUGAUACUUUACUAACAACAGACUUCAAUGAGGAGGGCUGUGUAGCUUUGUCCUCCUGGAGUAAAGGUUUUCAUAGCAUUCAUCAAGAGCUUGUGGUCAACCCAGUUUCAAACAGGACUUCUUCAGUAACCGUUGUCCGAAUGGAUUCCUCUAUACAGUAUGGGCCAUUCAAAACUGUUUUACGUUUUCUUUACACGGGACAGUUAGAUGAAAACGAGAAGGGUUUAAUGCGAGUGGCACAGAUUGCAGAAAUCCUAGAAGUUUUUGAUUUACGGAUGAUGGUGGAAAACAUUACAAAUAAAGAAGCCUUCAUGAAUCAGGAAAUUACCAAGGCAUUCCAUGUCAGGAAAGCUAAUCGAAUUAAAGAAUGCCUUUCCAAAGCAACCUUUUCCGAUGUCACUUUUAAAUUGGAUGAUGGGAGCAUAAAUGCCCAUAAACCACUUCUUAUUUGUAGUUGUGAAUGGAUGGCGGCCAUGUUUGGAGGAUCAUUUGUCGAAAGCGCAAAUAAUGAGGUUGUUUUACAUAAUGUGAGCAAAUCUUCAAUGCAGGCUGUGCUGGAUUACUUGUACACUAAGCAGUUGUUAUCCAGUUCGGAUAUGGACCCUCUUGAGCUAAUAGCAUUGGCAAACAGACUCUGCCUUCCACACCUAGUUGCUCUUACUGAACAACAUGCUAUGCAGGAGCUGACCAGGGCUUCAGUAAAUGGCGUGGAUAUUGAUCAAGAAGUGCUGACAUACUUGGAACUAGCACAGUUUCACAAUGCCCAUCAGCUGGCAGCCUGGUGUUUGCACCAUAUCUGCACCAAUUACAACUGUGUUUGCUCCAAGUUCCGCAAGGAGAUUAAAGCUAAAUCUGCAGAAAAUCAGGAAUACUUUGAAAGGCAUCGCUGGCCGCCAGUGUGGUACCUUAAAGAGGAAGACCAUUAUCAGAGGGUACGAAAGGAAAGAGAGAAAGAAGACAUUGCACUUAACAAGCAUCGAUCGAAGCGCAAGUGGUGCUUCUGGAAUUCCUCAACAGCCUUUGCCUGAGCAAUGAUAGUCAUUGCAGACUUGAAAAAAAAAAACUUGUAAAAUAUUGUGUCUUAAUGUUAAAAAGCUGUUUCAUAGGUUUCAAGCACUGAUUCAAAUCCACGUGUGUGCAUUUAUCGUUUUUUUUAAGAUCAAAGCACAAUUUCACUUCGAGCAAGUGUGAGGCUUGUGACACCUUAAACUCGUUGGGAUGUAGUCAGAUAUUGUGAUCACCUAUUACUACAUAAUCUAUACGCAGGUGAUAAAAUAACACUACCUACAGGGAUCUCUAUUACUUUUAGGCUAUUUCAGGCCUCUUUGUUGGUAAAACUUUAUUAACAAUAAGCAAACGAACAGAAGUAUGCUCACUUUCCUCAUACUUAAAGGGACAUUUAAUAAAAAAUAAAAAAAUUAUCAUGUGUUGGAAAAGCAGCAUUUAAAUAUAUUCAAAUGUUUUUUUGCAUGAUAAAAGGUAAAGAAAAACUUUUAACUGAUUUUGAAACAAACAGGAAGAGCAUGUCAUGAUACUUAAAUAUGCUGUAAAGAAAAACUCCCAUACUUCUGGGAGACAAAGCAUUGGGUAGUAUAAAAGCAGGCCUGGAUUGCAAGUGGAGCGCCAAAAUAUUAGUGCUAUUGUUAGUGUUGCUACCUCAGCCAUGUUUUCCGGGAUAGUUAUGAGAUACACAUGUUGCAGAGGGGAACAUGAAUAGUGCUGUUCACCAGCACUAAUUAUGUACUGUCCAGAGACAAAAUACAUGGUUGUCUCUGCACACCCAGCAGUAUGUGUAACUCAUAACUCUAUUGCACGUUAAAGUGAUUUAAAACCCCACAUUUUUCUUUCAUGAUUGAUAGAGAAUAUCAUUUUAAACAACUUUCUAAUUUACUUUUAUCAUCAGAGUAACUAUUUCCUGUCAUAUAGUACUCCAGAUGUGCACGCUACCUAUCUAGAUAUCUAUUCAACAAAGAACAACAAGAGAGCAAAGCAAAUCUGAUAAUAGAAAUAAACUCUAAACUUUUUAAAAAUGAUAUCCUCUAUCUGAAUCAGGGAAGAAAUAUUUUGGGUUUCAUGUCCCUUUAACAUCUACUGCUGAGGAUGCGCUAAGCUUAUAGUGUGCAAGUAGUUGAGUUCUCAAUGUAAUUCUGCGCUAUAUUAUUAAUAAUAAUGAUUUGCCAAUGAGCAUGGUAAUAUGCACUAUCCAUUACAAGUUUUGACUGUGUUACGAUGCCUUGGGUAAAAUAUUUAACAAUAUAUGUGGAAUACCAGAGUGUGCGUUAUUUUUUGCGCAAUAUUGUGCAAAAAAAAAAAAGGAAGCAUACUGCGGUAUCCAUUGCCCUCCACUUGUAAUCUAGCCUAAAGUAAAAGACAAAUUAUUGUAAGAGCAUUUAAAAAAAAUAAUAAUAAUACAUUUUAAGAUACUCUGUGUCCCUUUAGGUUAGAGAGAGGGCAUCAUUUAAUUAAUUUCUGUUUGGACUGUGUAUUUUAUGGGUAGGAAUCAAAGUAUUAUGGACUUUGAUAUCAAGGAACAUCGUGUCAAGCUAACCUUAAACACGGAGAGCUAGACAAUCACUUUUUGACAAACUCGUGUAUAUGUUAACUAGUCUAAAAAAAAAAUAGUUUUGGGAAAAAGAAAUUCCUCCAAUUCAGGUGUUUCUCUUUUUUUAAUGUUUUUUGUUCCAAACUAUUUCGAAUAAUAUGGCAAAGCAAUGCAAAAACUACAACCUGCUUUUAAACCUUUAUUAAGAAGCCACAGUUUUCACCUGUAGCUUUCUAUAUAACUGUUUGUAACUCAUCUAAAAUCAUCAUAUUUAUAGUAAUUUCAUAAACAAAUGGUCAUUUAUCUGAAAAAAUAAUCAAUGGUUCUCUUAGAACGAAAAAAAAAAUAUAUAUAUUGUUUUUCUGUAGUCAAACAUCAAACUUAUCCUGUAAAAUUGUAUUAGAACCUAGCAGUGUUGUGUUUCCAAAUUCUUUGGAAAAUAUUUUUAUACUUCUUUUCAAUCUUAAAUACUAAUUUAUGUGAGAAACAGUAGAUGAUAGAUGUUCCGAUAUAAGCUUUAGAAGGGCUUUUUCAUAUGGUUAUUCAGGGCAAACUGUCUAUGGACCUGACUUAUGGAAAAUAACAAGUCUGUUACUCUCGUAAUACUUAAACAUUAUGUCGUUGUCACACUCUACCAUCUCUUUAUAAAGCAGUCGUCUUCCACAUGUAGUCUGUAUAAGAUAACCUGAUCUGCAGUGUCUCAUAUUCCAAGCUGUUAGUGUAUUAUAAUUGGAUACUGUCAAGGAUAAAAUUAAAGGGACAUGUUCUCUACCAUACUAAAUUAAAAAAAAGAACAAUUUGGAAUAUACGUUCAUGUAUAAAAUGACCUCAUUAUGCAGCUGUUAAGAAGGGGAGCACUUUGUUGUUUUUACCAUCACCAAAAAACUGCCCUGGUUAUCAAAAGGACAUAUAGGCUAAAAAGGACGAUACCCCAAAAAAAUCUUUCAUGAUUUAUAAAGGACAUGGGAUUUUAAAACAACAUUUCAGUUGACUUCUAUUAUCUAAUUUGCUUUGUACCCUUCAUAUCCUUUUUUGAAGGAGCAGCUAUGCACUGCUGGGAGCUAAUUGAGCACAUGGGUUGAACCAAUGAAAAGUGGUAUUUAUGUGCAGCCAGCUCCCAGUAAUGCAUUGCUGCUCCUGAGCCUACCUAGAUAUGCUUUUCAACUAAGGAUAUAAAGAUAAUUGUGUAAAUUAGAUCAUAGAAGUAAACUGAAAAGUUGUUUAAAAUUACGUGCUCUGAAUCAUGAAAGAUAAUUUUUUUGGGUUUAAUGUCCCUUUAAGUGUGCCUCAAGUUUACUUUUGUCCACACACAUGUCUAAAGAGUAAGCUGCAUCAAGCAAAAAUCACUGGCACUCACUGACCAUUCAUAUUAUAUCAACAAUUACAUUUUAUACUUAAGCCCUAUAAAUGCAGCCAAUGAAUCCAAGAACUUUUUUUGUUGCUAUUUAUACCACCUUGGGCACUUGUGCCACAGGUUUGCCAUUCUUGCUGUGUAACUAAAGGGAAAACUAUCCUGUUCAGAAGCUAAAUAACAAGGUCAUUUCCUUUUUAAAAUAAAUAAAUAAAUGGCUUACAGUCUACUUAUGAGAAUUGGUUUUUGGGUGGAGAUAAUGUCCCUUUAAGGAACACAUUUCAUGGUGUAGCUCAGUGGAUAAUGCAUUAAAUUUAAAAUAAAUAAAUAUGCAGAAUGUGGAUUUGAACCUUUUCAUGUGAUCCCAUGCACAUACUUCCAGUGUUAUGGUAUUUCUUUCAAAUAUCAGGUUCAUUCACCUCUUAAAUGGGGUUCUGCGUGAAGACUCAGUAUUAAUUAUUUAAACAAUCUUAAUAUUAUCUAUACAAGAUCUAAGCUUCCUAGGCAAAUCACUUCAUACUUUAGAAAUCUACUUAGGACUUAAGUGGGAGAGUUUUUAAAACAUUUUUGGAGUUAUGUGAUUGCUAAAAAAACAAAAACAAAAAAAACGGGCAAAAGUGGAACUUUAUACAUCACUUGGUUUUACCGUGUGAUUUGUAAAUGGUUCCUGUAAUGGCUUCUUAAAUAAAGGAUGUGUUUAGCCUGUAAGGCACAUGUAUGAUUUAAAAGAGGUAUAUUGAGAAAUACUCAAUGUAAACCCCGUGGUGUAGAUCAAUACAUUUCUUUUUUUGAAAGCCAUAUAACUUUUACUGUUGUUCAGGUAAUUUAGACAGGGUUUAUUAUUGGCAAUGCCACAGACACUCUGUAUUUGGGUGCUACAUUAACAGGAUCCCCUGUUAUAUAUACCAGCAAUUAAAAUCAACUAAAGUAGCACUCUUCUUAAUGGGGUUACAAGGUAGAUUACAAUAUUAGGGAGCUAAGCUUCAGGUACGUUUAUACCUUUGGCUGCAAUAAAAGGAUGCAUUGUGUAGCGAUCUUUACCUACCCUUUUUUGCAGUUAAAGGAGUUAAUGACAUACCUUUUAAAGUAUUGCAUGAUCCGUUGAAAUGCAGGAUUGACUCACAAUACAUUGUCCGCUGUGACUUUUGGAAUAAGUAACAGUUGUCUGUUUUACACAACCAAAGCUAUGAUUGCAAACUUGCCAAAAUGUUACAACUAAAUGAAUGCACCUGGGGUAUAUGCAAUAAUAUCCAGUUGUAAACUUAAUGUCAAUUUAUUCAACCAAGUGGCUGGUUCAUUUGGUUUAUUCAGCCUAUGGCCUUUAUCUAUGUGUUUAUUUUAUGUUUUUUAUUUUGCAAAAAAACAAACAAAAUUGAAAUAAAAUGUCAAUAAACUUGUUUAAAUAUAAA